CGUCUAUGCGGCUCAGCCUACUCUGUUAGUAAACAGCGUCGGCCACUAGUUCGAGUGUCGGCAUCAUCAGGGAAACACGUGUAUACCGAACGUAGAGAUGGCUGAGGUGCCGGUUAGCGAGUUGAGAAAGGCUAUCUCGGAGAUGUUGGAUGGUGCCAACCUCGACGUUCUUUCAUCAAAGAAAAUACGGCUACAGUUAGAAGCAAAGUACGGUAUCGAUUUCACUGACAGGAAAAAAGAAAUUGAUGGCCUGGUUAUGGAGCUGAUCUCCGAGCCUAAAGUUAAAGAACCAGAGAAGCCCAAGAAAAGUGUUCAGCAAAAUGGAGCUGUGAGCUCCACAUCGACCGUUGAAAGCUCAUCAAGUGACGAUGAUGAUGAACAAGAUGAUGAUGAGGAACUAGCUCGCAAGCUACAGGAUGAAGAAUUUAAAAGUCGCAGUCGUGCUGUGAAGAAAUCUAGGCCUGCCAAGAAGGAGCCUACCAAGAAGGCUCCCAAGGCACCGGGCGCUAAGCGAGAGAGCGCAUAUUCCCGGAAGUGUGCUCUGUCUCCAGAACUGGCUGCUGUUGUUGGAGCUGAGGAGAUGGCCCGAAGUGCCGUGGUGAAGAAAAUGUGGUCCAUCGUUCGCGAGAGGAAUCUUUUCGACCCAUCCAACAAGCAGUUUGCAAUCUGUGAUCCCCAACUGAUGAAGGUUUUUGGGCAUAAGCGUGUGCGUAUGUUUGGGAUGAUGAAGUACUUGAAGAACCACAUCAAGGACAUCAAGUAAUUGGGCCAUCAAGGAAGCUCAGCGGUGUGCCUCAUCCGGUAUACACUCUUGCUUCCCUCUUCCCCACGCCUCGACCCAUCUGGCCCAUCUUCCAUUUUUUGUUGUCACUCCAAGGGUGACAUUCUGGGUGUUCAUGAAUUGCCGGGCAAAAACAACAUGCUCACCCAACUCACUGUGUGUUCUUGUUGUGGUCUUAAGAGCUGCCGCAAAGAACGGACACAUUUUUUUUUAAAUGUACGCCCAUUUGACGUACAGACAUGCAGCACGCAUCUUCCAAGUCAUCAUUGCAGUCUUGUUAAUAUUAUUCACCUCCCAUAAUCACUUCAAGUAAUAGCAUUGUUGCACACACUGGCAGCAGCAUUGAAAAUUCUUGAAUGACGUAAUUUUUUUCGAGGUUAUGCAUUUUUUAUUUUUAAAUCAUUUUACUCCUGCCUUUUCUCUCAACCUGCAAACAUUGCUGCUUGAUGAAAAUGUAAAGCAGGAACAUAUUGUGCAGCCAUUGUAAUGGAUUGAAUUUAUGGCUGGCUAGAUAAUGCUCCAAUGGUAGUGCUAUGUCUGCGUGUUUGUGCUGGGAUUUUGUGUGCAAGUAUUUCAAAGUGUGCUGUUCAAGAGUGUUUUGCUUUGUUUGAGUGUUUAUUAUUAUAGAUUUUUUUUUAGAGCUCCAACGUUUGUGAUGCAACAUAGUUGCUUUGUAACAGAAGUCCAAUGAAUUGUUUCUCAGAAAUUUAUUAUGGCCCUUUAAAAUCCGGGUGAAAUGCUGUUACUGUCAACUGUUCUCAGAGAACAGAGGUCUGUGUACCUUUUUUGGAGCAUAAUAAAGUGCGCCUUGUGAA